AAUUAUUAUUAUUACAACAGAUUGUCUAAUGGCCAAGCCUAUAUUUCUCAGUUAAGAUUUUGUUACAAUAUAUUUUAUUUUUAUAUACGACUAAGCACAUAAUUUAUUAUAGACAUGGUUGUCAAAGUGUAUAUUAGUGGUAUUUCAGGAAACAAAGAGGUAAAAAAGCGACAACAGCGUGUUUUGAUGAUAUUAGAUUCGAAAAAUAUCAAAUAUGAAUUAAUUGACAUAACGGAACCUGGGAGAGAGGAGGAUAAAGAUUUCAUGCAAAAUAAUUCAAAAUCUAAUGGAGGGACCGUGAGCGAUCCCAAUCCUCGCACUCCACUGCCACCACAGGUGUUCAACGAGGAAGAGUAUUGUGGGGAUUAUGAUCAGUUUGAUUUAGCUAAUGAAGUAGAUACAUUAGAACAAUUCUUGAAAGUAGAGGCGCCACCUGAAAAUUCUCCAUUUGAAAAAACGGCAAAUGCCCUAAAUGGAGAUGUUCAAACAAAUGAGGAAAAGCAAGAGGUACAAAAUAAUUCAGAAAAUACAGUUGAAUCUAUAGAAAAUGUUUCUGAAACAAAAGAAGAUCCCAAAGAAACCUCAGAUAAAGAGGCUUCAGUUGAAAAAGAAGUGCCACCUGUUAGUCAACAACCUGAAGAGAACGAUGAGACUACAGAAGAACAAAAUGAAAAACCAGUAGAAGAGACUGAAAUCGAAUCUAAACAAAUUUCAAAAGAAAACACACCAGUGCCAGAGCAGCCUGUUAAUGAGAAUGGUGCUGUCAGCUCCCGUGAACAGUCACAAGAAAAAGAACAAGUGAAUGAACAGAAAAUAGAGAACCCAUCAGAGGCCCUCAUCCAGAGUGAGCUAGCAGCGUCCACGGAAUAGUGGAAUGAAUACUUUAUGCUAUCAGCUCAAAUCAUCUAUUUAGCACUAAGCAAGCACUAUUCAUCGCCAUUGUGUUAUUUAUAUUGCAUUGAUCAUGUUUUGGCAUUAAGUCAUUGUAUAUAACGCAAAUAAUUAUUUGUUGACUUAAAAUAUUAUCUAUGUUAUGUAGACAUAGUUGUAUGAAGUGGCCUAAAAAAAUGUAAGAGAUUAAUUUCAUAAUUAUCUGUAUUUUAAGAGUUUAUUAACAAAUUUAUCACUUGUAAGGCAUGUAUUAUUCUAAAGUAUUAAUGUAUUGUUUUCAUUUUCAAAAUUUUAUUUAUUAUAUCUAAAUCAAAUUAAUAUAAUUUAUUUUUUGGAACACUCGUUUAUUGAGAAACUCAAUGAAUUCACAUGACAUUAUUAUUAAGAAAUGUUAGACUAUAUUUAGUCUUAGGUGCUGAUUUUAUAUUUCUUUUAUACUUUAUGAACGAGCGUUCCUUAAAAUGAAGCCUGCUUUUUGUCUUUGUUUUGAAUUAUCCAACAUUAUUUCAUCACAUUAAUGAUUUUUAAAGACAAUUUUACUAAUAUUUUAUUCAUGUCAAUUAUAUAAUUGCUACAUAAUAAUACCUUUUAUUUUAAAUACAUUAUAAAAAUGAUGUAAAUAUUAUCGUUCUGUUUAAUAUUUACUUUCCAAUGACACAAUGCUAAAUUGCGUCUUUGAUUUUGUUCAUCAGAAAUAUUUUCAUCACUUAAUGUCUUGUAAAAUGAAUAUUUAAAAAAAAAUCAGCUUUAAUGUUAAUUGCUGUUUUCUAGUAG